AUGAAAAACGCUGCUCGCCAUUUAUUUCGUGGUAAACAAGCCUCAUCAACACUCUCUUUCUCUCGGUUUUUCAGAGGUGUAGUUUUUGGUGUUGAUACACUUGGUUCAGACUCUAACCUCUCGCUUCGGAAAUCUUUGUCCAAUCAUCAUCAUACAAGGAACACUUCGGUACGCUCUUUCCAUACAUUAUCUUCCUUGUUGGCAAAAGAUGAAGUAACAACAAAAAGUCUUUCUUCUUCUACCGGACCGGGAGGAAAUGGAAGUGGUGAUGAGCACAACCAUGUAGAACAACCAACCGCUAAUAAUGACAAUUCUCAAGCGUCUAAAAUUGUAGCCCUCUCUUUCAACCAGUACAAGAAAUGGACAGCCCAAGAAGUUGCUUCCAUUUUGACUUUGGAUGAUGACGCUGGUGGAGCCGCAUUGUCCGUUGAUGAUGUUAAACCUCUCGUUGAAGCUGGUUUCAAAGGAAACUCUCUUGAUAACAUUGUAAAGGAUAUCAAAGAGGUCGGAAGGCUAGCUGCUAUUGCCUCCUUGACUCAAAGCAAAGACUGUACUCAAGUUCCGUCAAGUACUUGCAAGACUGUUGUUAAUUGGGUCAAUGAAACAUUAAUGCCCAAACUUUUUCGUUUGUGGGACAAGGAUCAAACAAAGGAUGCAUUGUGCCAAUCAAAACUAAACGGUGGGGCUGGAUUAACCAUAGAGCAAGCUCAGCCUUUCUAUGAUGCAAAAUUUGAUGGAACAACUCUCUCAAAGAUUGUGUACGAACUCGAAAAAGCUCAACAAAAUGGGAAUGAACUCUCUGCAAAUGAUAUCGUGAAACAAAUUUUUGAAAACCAGAUUGAUUUAUCCACUUGCACAACUGUCGUGAAUUGGAUAAAAGACAAAUUGAUAGAGAAAAAUAAGAUACAAUUACCAUUAUUGAAAAUCGUUUCUAAACACUCAAAACCGAAAUACAUUCCAGACAAAUAUAUAGAGAUAAUUCCAAAUUUUUCUGAUGAAGAAUUGUAUUUAUUGCAAGAGAUCAGUGAGCUAAAAUUGAGAGAUUUAUCACAUGUUCACCAUGGCUUAGAUCGCCUCAUUUUCAAUGACAUGCUGAAUAGAGAACAAGCAAAACAAGCAAUUUUAGAUUUAAGUGCAAGACAAUACGAAGCAAGUCAACAAGAAAAAAUUAACAAACAAGACUUAACUUUUUUGAUUGCCAAAGGUGGAAGUGGGAGUGGGAAGACUCGUAUUAUGUCUGAGGUUGUCAAAAUUCUUUCGAAGGCCGAACCACAAUAUAUUUUUAAGAAUUCUUCAAUCAUUUACUUUAACUUUACAAAUGGAUUUGUUUUGCAAAAUGAUGUUGAAAGAGACAGUAGUAUUAUUUCUUUAAUCUCAUCGAGAAUCAUUUACGCUGCUUUUGAACAAGGAGAAGAAAUUGCAAAACGAAUACCAAAAAUAACUAAUGAUUAUUUUUUAUAUGAACUUCUCCGAAUUAUAAGCUCAAAAUUGCACGAACAAUUGAAAGUCGAGCAAUCGAUGCCAAUACCUCUUAUUCUCGCAUUUGAUGAAUAUCAAAGAGUAACCAGACUGAAUCAAAAUCUGAAUACACAAUUACAACAUAAAAUUGGAUGGUAUAUGAGACACUUUCAGAAAAAACAGGGAUUAAUUUUAUUUCCAUCAUUCUCAGGAACGUUAAUGGAAUCCGAUGCCAAAUUUGAACCAACUGACUACCAAAUAAGAACUGUCCCAUUACCAUCAUUGCGACAAGAGGAUGUCGAAAUUAUUAUGAAAGAGCAAGAUUUAAUAGAAUUUUAUACACCAAAGUAUCAGAUUUUUUGGAGUAUCAUUGGUGUUGUCCCUAGACAUUUAGAAUGGGCAGUUAGAUUUGCCAAAGAAAUUAAAAACAAUACAACUAUGCCACUAGAAACAAAAAUAAGCAAUAUUUACGGUAAUGUUGUGAAAGAGGUGUAUAAGAUAUAUCAACCAAGCGAUGAAGUAGAUGUUUAUCAAUAUCUAUCCAUACUUACUCUUUCAGGAUUUCCAUAUAGUACUCACAAAGCUCUCAAAUAUGAUAGUAGAGUUGAAGAAUUAACUAGCCAAGGUAGAAUUUACAAAACUAAUGACCAUAUUGGAUUACCACUUCCUGCUAUUGAUAUACUUUCAGAAUCAAAUGAGAAAAUUCCAAAAGCUUAUUCAACGACUUUGUUUAUACUUCAACAAAACCGGAUUGGGAAAAAUUCGAAGAGCUAUGUUUGA